AUGGCGCUCCAACCCACCCCAGACCAGAAGAUCGACCGACAGACGACGACGCCCUUCCUGCUGCGACUCUACUACCGAUCCAAUGGCUUCCACUCGCCCAACGAGUUCUCGACGGUGCCGCCGCCCUCAUGGUUGCAGCAGUCGAGUCUGCAGAUCUACACCUGGCCCUCGUGCACUCUUGCAGAACUGACCACCCUCCUCACCACCGCCUUACCGAGUUUGCUUCCGUCACCAUCCGUCGGCACCCGCAUUGGCUACCGUCUGGUCUUUCCCGACACGCGUAGUGUUCCGCCGUCGGGCGCUUCAGAUGCUCCAGGACGAUGGCUAUCGAAAGAGCUGGGUAGUGUCAUCCUCGGACAGGGCCACGACUAUGAUCAAGAGAACGACCCUGCUGGUCUAGGACGCAUGGAUGGCGACGCGCAAAAGACGCUGGCAGACGCCCGCUUCGUCAUUGGCGACUACAUCUCGUGCGCCGUCUUCCCUCCCUUGGCUGACGGCUCUGUCGCUCCUCUGCCCCCUGCCACACCUGCCGUCAGAGGUACAUCUGGUCGAGGAGGUCCACCACCGCGCGGCGAGAACGGCCGUCCACCCAGGCCAGGAAGAGGUCAAUUUCAAGGAGACAGAGCCUUUGGCCCACAAGGCGUUCCCCACGGCGAAUGGAGACGAGGCGAGAGAGUCCCCGAAUAUGCUCGCUCGGGUCGCGGAGGUGGUGGUGAGCGUGAACGUGGAGGAGGCAGAAACAGACCUUACUGA